AUGCCCUCCCCUCUCAGAAUCCAAAUCCCUUGCCCUCGCUGGCAGCGCAAUCGGAACUGUCCUCCUGGGCUUUGGAGCCAACGCUAUUAUUCGUCCAACAACGCGCUCUCCUUCUUUGAAUUCAACCCACCGGCCUUGUCCACCGACAAAAACUUUGUCGACAGUCUGAUGGACGCCUAUGGCGUUCGCGAUAUCUCCAUGGGACUGGCGGUCUUCUUCACCGCGUACUUCGGCACCCGAAAGGCCAAGGGCUCUGUGGGGACACUGGAGAUAUGCGCCGAUGGUGCUGGUGGUGGGAAGUUUGUUGCCCGGUGCUUUGGAUUAGAAUGUGAAGGAGGAUGUUCUUGUCGGUUAACUAUAAACGGUGAACUUACACUUCUGGUCAUGGCGGAUGUUGACUUGUCCUGA